GUAAAAUUUCAUGAAUGACCACAGCUUCCCCAGUGUAGCUCGCUAACUAGUACCAACUUCGAGUAGUGUUGCUUGUUUGACAGCUGCCGCUACCGCCUGCUUGUUCUAAAAAUGGAUUUUACUGCAACUCAAAGUGGGUUCAGACAGCGUAAGUUACAGCCCAGUAUGCGUCUAAGGAAUAGUCCAGGGGACGGUCCAGAUGGCAGUCAGUUGUUUGAGGAUACGAGCAGAGCUGGGCCUGGACCACAGGCAGGAUACAGGAACCAGCAGGCCGGCCCUCAAACUGCAGGAUUUUCUGGUCAGACCCUCCUGUCAGAGCCCAUGUCCAAUCUGGCCAUGGCAUAUGGCAGCUCGCUGGCAUCCCAGGGGAGAGAAAUGGUUGACAAGAACCUGGAUAGAUUCAUCCCAAUUUCCAAGCUAAAGUACUACUUUGCUGUGGACACAGUGUACGUCGGGAAGAAGCUGGGCCUUCUAGUUUUCCCAUAUAUGCACGAAAACUGGGAGGUGAGCUACCAGCAGGACACUCCUGUGGCUCCGCGCUUUGAUGUGAACGCUCCCGACCUUUAUAUUCCUACCAUGGGCUUCAUCACAUACAUCCUGGUGGCCGGACUGGCCCUCGGCACACAGAGCAGGUUUUCACCAGAGCUGCUAGGAGUUCAGGCAAGCUCAGCUUUGGUGUGGUUAAUCAUGGAAGUCCUGGUGGUCCUCCUGUCGCUCUACCUUGUUACUGUAAACACAGACCUCACCACUAUAGACCUGCUGGCCUUUGCUGGCUAUAAAUAUGUUGGGAUGAUUGUAGGCUUAGUGGCGGGCCUUUUGUUUGGGAAGCCGGCAUAUUAUCUGUCUCUGCUGUGGUGCUGCGCUGCCAUCUUUGUCUUCAUGAUACGCACUCUGCGUCUGAAGCUGUUGUCAGAAGCAGCAGCAGAAGGGAAGCUAGUGAGAGGAGCCAGAAACCAACUGAGGAUGUACCUCACCAUGGCUAUAGCAGCAGCACAGCCCAUUUUCAUGUACUGGCUCACUUUCCACCUCGUCAGAUAAAACCUCCAGCACUCGCACACAGAACUCGUCAUCUCACCUGACUAAAAUUUGAAAAAAGAAAAUAAACACAACAUACAUAUCAAAGAAGCUGGACUGGAUGAAACACACAGCGACAUGAAGGCUCUCCACGUACGUGUGGAGCUGAACAACGCGCUACAAGACGAUUUAGAGAAGAUGCGAGGCGUUACCGCCGUUUCACAGCACAGCCAUUUCAUUAGCAUUGCCUUUUUUAAGUCUUCGCAAUUUUGUAGCAAGAGCAAUUGGCUUUAAGUUUCUUUUUUUCUACUGUGUAAUUACUGCUUAAUUAUGUUUUCUUUGUUUGUUUUUUUAGGAGUAUUUAUGUAUGUAUGUUUGUGUACAGCAAGAGUAUUAUUGCAGAUGUUUCAUGAGUGAUAUCUCUGAGCCAAGAAAAAGCGCUAACCUCAGACAGACCGUCCACUUAAUAAAAAGAACUCAAAUCUGGGUUUGAAAAUGAUCAACUGGCUCUGCUUGAACGUUUGGAUGAUGAAAGCUUUUCCCCUUCUCCUAAUGUUUUUUUUUUUUGUUUUUUUUUAAUGGUUGUAAUUGUCCAGCAACAUGAGUAAAAACAUCUAUCUGGAAACCAGGGUCACCCAGCUCGUCUAGAAAUGUCAUAUAAUGUCUAACCCCCAUUUUUCACACACUCUGUAUUGAUUCUGAAAAUAUAUAUAUUGUAUAAUUCACCCUGCUCCCCCCAGUGACGUCUGCGCUGUUCCCUCCCUCUGCCCCCCUGCAGGACGUCUCUACAGGAGAAGAGUUAAAGAUUGAAUGUCAGAGGCAACAAAUGUGGUUAAGUUUAAAGGUUAGGGGUUGUUGUGUAGUGCAUUCACCUAAAGCCCUUUUGUUUCAGUGUCCAGCUUGACAUCUAUGCUCUUGCUAGCAGAUUUCCAUGGUUACCUGUAGUUUGCAUGAAAGAUGGAGACUUACCUGCGAACACUUGCCACCUACUAGUGGAGAGGCAAUAAAACUUGAAAGUGUUCAACACAAACAAGAAGCGGAUAAUGUUUGCUUUCAAAGUAAAACUAACUUAACUUUGAAAGAAAGUGUUUCCGGUUUGCUUUCUACUUUUCCCAUUUUCACUAAUACUCCACAAGUAGUUUGUUACUGUUUACAGCCAUUAGGUGUCAUCCAAACCAUGGGCAACAAUGGCAAGCUGUUGGGAACCAAGCACCAAAAGGUUUUCGGUGCAGCACUAUACAUGUCUUUGCGAUUAAUUUCACCUUGAGAGUGCCACUAGCCUCCCGAAACCACUCACCAACCUGUCACUGAAUGCACACUUUUCGCUAGCAAAACAUGUAUUACACUUCAGAAUCACAUUCAAAUGAUGGCUGUCUGCAUUUUUCAGAACUUCAGCUUAUUGAGAACACCUAUGAAUGUUAACCAGUUUGAUUCUCAUAACAAAAAUAAAUACUCUUCUCCCUAGCAAAAAAACAAACAAUAACACUGGAAAAUAUAAGUAAUUUUAUGAUAUCAGAUGAACUGCAAAAGAAAUUUCCCUCGUACGGUCCCGGUACUGGUAAUUUUUCUUAUACAGAUGAGGCCUUGUUUCUGUACCAUUAUUUAAUAAUUAAAAUGUACAAAAUGUGAUAACUGUUUGUGAUAAAAUGAAGAGUUGACUGAUA